GUCUAUUAAUGGGGCACACAAGCUAGUUUUUAACACUAUAUUUUAAGAGUUACUGAUCUGCAAAAUAUUAUCUUUAACAGUGUUUUAUUUAGUUGAGUAUUGUAAAUAUAUAUUGUGUAUUUAGUAAAAGAUUUGGAACGAAAGUUUACUUUUCACUUUCCAAUCAGAUAAAGAAGAUUUUGUCUAGUGACCUUUAUUUAGAAAUUUUCUUUUUCAAUCUACCGGAAAUGGGUUUCCUAAUUGACGAUGUUUUAUUCUCUCAUCGAGGUGACGUAAACAGUCAAGACAAUAAAGUAUAUUGUAUAGGUGUGGUCCGUAUAUUUUAUAAAGCUAACGAUGAACAAGAAAAGCAACGUUACAUGGGUUAAGCCAGCUGAGCCAACCUUUUUGAAGAAGUUCAAGGAUGAUGUUGGUUUCCAGGAAGGACCCACAAUUGAUGCCAAGCGCCAAGAGAUGCCAGUACUGGAUGAUGACAGUGGGAGUGAUCAUGAGGAUGAAUUGCCACAAGUCGUUGUCUUAAAAACGGGAGAUCUCAGUGCUGACGAAGUAAAAAAGAUAAAGAAUGGCACUGCAAGUGUCAAAAAACAGGAGGAGCCUGCAGCAGAGGGGAAGAUAGUGUUCAAGAAGCCAACAAACAACUUCUCUGAAAAGUUCCAGGGCAUCACAGCAAGCUCUAACAAGAAGAGAAAGAGUGGACAGGAUAAGAAGGAGAAGUCAGGAAAGAAAGUAAAGAACAACAGUCUUUUGUCUUUUGGGGGAGACGAUGAGGAAGAGGACUAGAUGGUAUUGAUCAAUGGAAGAUUUCAGACGAGUGACUUCUCAUUGGGAAUAGAACUGAUAGUCCUUUUUGUUGGCGUCAAUGUACACAUCACUAGCCAGUCCUCUUUGCUAGGCAUUUAGAGUCUGGUUUGUAAUAACUGAAAUAUAACUCUAGAACUACAAAUGUUAUGAAGAUAAGCCAGAUAGUUGAGUUCUAUAUCGAAGAAAUACAGGAAAACAUUAUAGGAUAUGUAAACAAUCAUUUUUUAAGUUGCAUUCAGUAAGGCAUUAGAUGUAUAGGUUUGAGCUGUGACAGCAGCAUUUUGAAUUAAAAAAGGCAUUAUUGAAUUGCCACGUUCAAUUAUUUAAUGCAUUUUUGUUUAAUAGAUUUUGUGACUUUCAUAAGAUCAAUAAUGUGACAGACAUUUGUUAUACCGGUGUGUUAUAUCAAUCAUCAAAUCACUUACCAGCCUUUGUGUUGUACUUUUAAUAUUAAAAUGGUUCGGUGUGUUACAAACAAUUUGAGGAAAAGAAUGUCACUGGGUCAUACAGACAUCAAAUUGCAAUGUUAGCCAUUUCAACACCGAUGAUAGACUAAUGACUGUUCAUGAAUACGUUUUCUGGCUCUGUUUCACAACAUGAUUGUAUUACAAUGAAAACAAACAAUGUAAAAGAUGAGGCCCAGGGUUGUUGCCUACAGACUACACAUAAUAUUAUUACACCAAGACUACAGACUAUUUUCAAGGAAAGGUUCUUAAAAUAUGGACAGAUUUAUUAAUCAGAAGUUAU